UCAGUCAAAAUAGGUUACAACCCAACAUUAUUACUGCUACAUACAGAGUACGCGAUCUGCAUGUUUAUCCCGUUCGAAUCCAGUUAUCUUCCACUGUCAUUGUAAUUCGUGUUUGAAUUACAACGUACCUGACAAGAAAAAAAUACCUAUUAAAAAUAUAACAACAUCGAAAUACAAUUGACAUUUAAUAUGUUGUCAGCAAUUGUGAAAGAACACCAGAGCAAACAGUCAGCUAGAAAAGAAAGGCAAGAACAAAAACGCAAGGAAGCCGUUCAGGCAGCUAAUAACUUGACUCAAGCUCUCGUCGAUCACUUGAAUGUUGGGGUUGCUCAGGCUUAUUUGAAUCAGAAGAGACUGGAUGCAGAAGCUAAACAAUUGCAGCAUAGUGCAACCAAUUUUGCCAAGCAGACACAAGCUUGGCUCAGCUUGGUUGAAAGUUUUUCUAGUGCUCUAAAAGAAAUUGGAGAUGCAGAGAAUUGGGCGAGAAGUAUAGAAGGUGAUAUGAGAACAAUUGCCACUGCUCUAGAAUAUUCCUAUAAAGCAACCCAGGAACCACAAGGGACACAAGCAACCAAUGAGGCUUCACGUCCUACUAAUCCUUAAUCUAUAAAUCAGUAUUAAUUUACUUUUUAAAGAUACAUAUCUACCAAAGUUGUGGAAAUGCAUCUUCUACUCAACUUGUUAAGAGUCUCAAAAAGAUGAGAACAUUGCAUUUUGAGAUGUACGCAAGUAGGUAUUGAUACGCCAUUGUGUAAUUUAAACAUAUCUUAUCAUUGAGUAUGUUUAUGCGAACCUUUUCUUGGUACACGACAUCAACAUUUUCUUGUAUAACUGAAUCAGUUGCCAGAGUAUAAAUACAUACAAGUUAUAAAUG